AUGCUCCACGCCCUCCAAUCAACCGGCCAUCCAAUCUAUGUCUCAAUCUGCAACUGGGGCUCCGCAUCCGUAUCAACUUGGGGUAAUGCAAUCGGAAACUCCUACAGGAUAUCCUGUGACAUUUCCCCUGGCCGCGGGGAGUUACAAACCGACGGGAGAGCCGAGUGGUCCCGCAUCGCGGAGUUCGUCAACAUGAACUCUUUCCGUAUGAACGAGGUUGGGUUCUGGGGGAGACCUGACCCGGAUAUAUUCGAGGUCGGGAAUGGAAACCUGACGCCGGCAGAGAAUCGAGCGCAUUUUGCAUUGUGGGUUAUCAUGAAGGGCCUCUUUUAUUGGGGACGGAUGUAUGUUUCCCUCCAAUUCAUCUCCUCUUACAACGAGAGGUAA